AUGGCUUAUUCUGCCUUUUUGGAUUCGUCAUCCAUAAAUAACGAUGUUCGUUAUGGCGAAUUAUUCUCAUUAUUUGAUAAUGCGCAGGAAUAUUUCACGGUAUCUCAUGAAGAAACGUUUGACAAACUUCUUUCGAAAGUUAAUCAACUGCCGGUGAAGACUGGGAGAACAAAAAUAUGUUGCGAGCAGCUUAAACGACGAAAUUCGGCAAAGCUUAAUUCGGUGUAUGAACAAUUGGAGCACGUCUACUCCACUAGAGAGCAAUUGAAGUCGCAACAGGAGGACCUACGAAAAACAAAAGUCAAACAGGAACGUGAAUUGGAGGAAUACCGAACCCAGCGUGAAGAAAGCCAGAAGAAGAUCGAAAAGAGAGCCGAACGAGCCGAAUGCAUGCGUAUUUCUGUCAAAAUGGAAGCAGCCUCAGCUUUGGGUUUUAUUGGGUAUAGUCUUUUUGCUCUAGAAGAGUAA